AUGCAUUCGGGUUCCGUGCCUGAUACCGUGCAGGUUGCAGUGCGAAUCAGGCCACUGUCUACACAGGAGCUAGCUGAUGGACACCAUAACGUGAUCGUACAACCAAACCCGGCAGAGCCACGGCUGAUUGCACGAGGUGCCGAAGAGUUUAGCUUUACUGAGGUGUACGGUCCGACCGUACCACAGGCCGAAGUGUAUGAUCGAUCGGUACGGGGUGUAGUGCUGAAAUUGCUCCAAGGAUUUAACGUGUCCAUCCUGGCGUACGGACAAACAGGGUCGGGCAAAACUUACACCAUCGGAACAUCGUUCGAUGGACGGUUAACGAAUCAGAGCGGAAUAUUGCCCCGCGCGUUGCUGGAUAUCUUCGAUGCGGUGAAUGUACCUCCGGGUGGUGACGGUUCCAGCGCAAGCUAUCGUGUGUUUUGUUCCUUCAUGGAGCUGUACCAAGAGCACGUUUAUGACCUGCUAUCCCAUCGGAACCGAUACGAACGGUUGCUGGGCAUUAGGGAAGAUACCGAAGGUGUCAUCGUACCGGGACUAACGGAGCUGGCCGUCACGAGUGCGGAGGAAACGUUCCGAUGGCUAAUGCACGGAGCCAACAGCCGAGCGACCGCUCCCACUCGGAUGAACAAGGAGUCCAAUCGAAGUCACACGAUCUUUACGGUUAUUAUCCGUUCGCGGCGAAAAGCAAACACCGCGAACGCUGAGCACGUGCGUAUCUCAAAGCUACAUUUUGUCGAUCUGGCCGGAUCGGAACGGGCGAAGAAAUCACGUGCCAGCGGUGACCGGUUGCGGGAAAGUAUCCAAAUCAACAAAGGUUUGCUGGCGCUCGGGAACGUCAUAUCCGCGUUGGCAUCGUCCAGUGGAACGUCUCCGACAAAGUCGGCCCGUACCACGUUCGUAUCGUACCGUGACUCGAAGCUGACCCGCCUGCUGCAAAACUCGCUCGGCGGAAAUUCGAUCACACUUAUGCUGGCCUGUGUGUCGCCGGCGGAUUACAAUAUCGAGGAAACGAUCAGCACUUUACGGUACGCCGAUAGAGCAUUGUCCAUACGGAACAAACCGGUCCGAACACCUCCAGCACCGAUGAGCCAGUCGGGCAGCAUGGCCGAGGUAGAACGGUUGUCGAAAACGGUCUCCGAGCUGCGGACGGAAAACGAUCAACUGAGGCGUCGCAUUGCCGCGGAACUGAAGCCAGCGAUCGAGGCGGGUUUGGCUGGUGGGAAAAAUGGCACCAGUCGACAUCUAGCCGUCCAGAACCGGUUACUGCAUGGGCAGCUACAAUCAUCGAUCGAAGAGUCGACCCGCAACGAACUCCGAGCGUCGAUCGCAGAGAAUGCGCUCGGUAGGCUGGAACCGUUGGUGUUGCAGGAGUUGUGCACGGAAUAUGACGCACUUACCGGUACGGCCACGUCACCACUGUCCGCCGAUGAGCUGCGAAGCAAAUGUGAAGAAAUACUUUUGCGAUACCGCACCGAGUACGAAGCGCUCCGGCAGCGACCAACCGCACAACAUAGAACCACCUUAGACUAA